GUUACGUCACAUAAAUUGAUAUCGGAGGGAGCACUAUAAAUCAAACCGAAUCACCCGCCAAUUCCCCUGUUAUGAACAUUAUGUCUCAUAUUUCCAACCAUUACUGUUCUCUGCUCAAACUUUGGUGCGAAUCCCAAAACCAUAACCAAAUCAAGAAGCUUCAUUGCUUCAUUCUCAAAACCAUAGCAAACCCAGAAACAUUUUUGCUUAACAAUCUCAUAAAUUCUUACAGCAAACUCAAUAACACUGGGUAUGCACGCCAAGUGUUUGAAAAAAUACCUCAACCAAACCAGUUUUCAUGGAACACCAUUCUUUCUGUUUAUUCAAAAUCCGGAAACCUCUCGAGAAUGCUGGAGAUAUUUAGUCGGAUGCCAAAGCGAGAUGGUGUGUCUUGGAAUUUGAUUAUUUCGGGGUAUGCAUCUCGAGGUUUAGCUAUCGAUGCUUUAGAGGCGUAUAAGUUGAUGUUAGAAGAUGGGGGGAUGAGUUUGAAUAGGAUAACAUUUUCGACAAUGCUUAUAUUGUCUUCGGACAAUGGUUGGAUUCGAAUGAGUAAGCAAAUUCAUGGGCAGAUAGUGAAAUGGGGAUUUGAGUCGUAUCUUUUCGUGGGUAGUCCGUUGGUUGAUAUGUAUGCGAAAGCAGGGUUUAUUUAUGAGGCUGAAAAAGUUUUCAAUGAAUUGCCAGAGAGGAAUGUGGUGAUGUAUAAUACAAUGAUUAUGGGGUUUUUGAGGUCUGGGAUGGUGAGAGAGUCAAGAAGUUUGUUUCAAGAUAUGCCUGAGAAGGAUUCCAUUUCUUGGACAACGAUGAUAACGGGGUUAACACAGAAUGGUCUUGAUAGGGAAGCACUUGUCUUGUUUAGGGGAAUGAGGUUAGAGGGGCUUCCUAUUGACCAAUUCACGUUUGGGAGCAUUUUGACUGCUUGUGGAGGCCUCCAGGCUAUCGAAGAAGGCAAACAACUUCAUGCUUAUAUAGUCAGAACCUAUCACAGCGAGAACGUGUUUGUAGGUAGUGCCCUUGUUGACAUGUAUUCAAAGUGUAGAAGCAUCAAGUAUGCUGAGACUUCUUUUUGUAGAAUGCCAAACAAAAAUAUUGUCUCUUGGACUGCAAUGGUCGUUGGAUAUGGACAGAAUGGCUUUAGCGAAGAAGCUGUUAAGUCUUUCUGCGACAUGCAAAGGAAUGGAGUUGAGCCAGACGAUUUUACUUUAGGAAGCGUAAUAAGCUCAUGUGCAAAUCUGGCGAGCUUGGAAGAAGGAGCCCAGUUUCAUGGUCGAGCACUAGUGUCAGGCUUGAUAUCUUUCAUUACUGUUUCUAAUGCACUUGUGACCCUAUAUGGUAAGUGUGGCAGCAUAGAAGAAUCUCACAAGCUUUUCGAUGAGAUGUCCAUUAAGGAUGAGGUCUCUUGGACGGCAUUAGUGUCAGGAUAUGCUCAGUUUGGAAAAGCAACUGAAACAAUUGAUUUAUUUGAGAAAAUGCUGGAACAUGGUCUUCACCCAGAUGGAGUAACUUUUGUUGGGGUUCUUUCAGCUUGCAGUAGGGCCGGACUUGUGGACAAAGGCAAAGUUUAUUUUGAAUCAAUGGUGACAGAACAUGGACUUACGCCUAUUCUUGAUCAUUAUACAUGCAUGAUUGAUCUAUUUAGUCGAUCUGGUCGUUUAGUAGAAGCCAAAGAUUUUAUACAGAAAAUGCCUUUCACCCCAGAUGCAAUUGGUUGGGCUACACUGUUGAGUUCAUGUAGAACCCAUGGUAACAUGGAAAUUGGCAAAUGGGCAGCGGAGUCUCUUUUGGAACUUGAUCCAGAAAAUCCUGCCAGCUAUGUCUUGCUCACAAGCAUGUAUGCUGCGAAAGGAAACUGGGCUGAAGUGGCUCAAUUAAGAAGGACCAUGAGAGAUAGAGGUGUGAGGAAGGAGCCAGGAUGUAGUUGGAUCAAAUAUAAAAACAGAGUGUACAUUUUCUCUGCUGAUGACAAGUCAAGUCCAUUUUCAGAUCAAAUAUAUACAGAAUUGGAGAAAUUGAAUGCUAAAAUGAUAGAUGAGGGUUAUGUACCAGAUGUAACUCAUGUCAUGCAUAAAGUUGAAGAGUCUGAUAAAAUAAAAUUGCUUAACCACCACAGCGAGAGGCUUGCUAUUGCCUUUGGCUUGAUCUUUAUCCCCUCUGGGCUCCCCAUAAGAGUGGUAAAAAACCUAAGGGUAUGUGGUGACUGCCAUAGUGCAACUAAAAUCAUUUCUAAGAUCACCCAAAGAGAAAUUCUUGUAAGAGAUGCAGUUAGAUUUCAUUUAUUUAAGGAUGGAAAAUGUUCUUGUGGAGAUUUCUGGUGAUAGUUUGCCCACAACUUUGGAUUAGUUACGAGGACUGUUACAUGUAUCAUAGGAGGCAGGAAUAAUCACGCUGGUUCUCUUGAAAGGAUACAUUUACUUCCCAUGAGAGGACUUGUAUAGUAUGUUGAUGGUUUAUCUAAUGGUUCAGAUUAGAAGGGGGAGCCAUUCUCAUAAGUCAUAAGCACUACACUUUGGAGCUCAUCAAUUUCCAUAAGUAGCAUGCAAGCCUAAAAUGGGGAGUAUCUGAUUUAGGAGGAUACAGAUCCUCAUAACAAUAAAUGAUUUGAUUCUUUACCCAGGGCGACGAAUGCAUACAAACACUGCUGGUUUAUCACGCCAGAGCUUUGAAGCCUUCAUUGGAGCAGUCUUUGUUGUCACCAGACGCUCCAUUCCAAU